UUUGGGUUUACGUAGAUCAGUGUCAAGACUUAAGAAGUCUAACUAAGAGAAGAGAAAUUGUGUUCCCUAAAGCGGAAUGUAUUCCAGAAUCCUCUGUGACACAUAAAGGCAUUGUUUUUGGAGGCAGGUUUCUGUAGUGAAGUUUCCCAGAAGUCAUUCUCCCUAUUGUUUGGAACCCACGUGCAGAUCCUUAAAUGCAUGUGCUGCUCACCAGACCAUCUUGCUGAUUUAGAGGUAGAGAACCUGUUGCCAUCCAACUGUUGUGGAACCACAGUGGUCAGAAUAGGUAGCUAUGAUGCUUGGGCUUAUUGGCUUAUUAUAAAGCUUGUCAUCCAAAAACCCAUAAAGAAUACCAGCUGAUUAAUCCAACAUGCAAAAUGGGACACUAAUUGAUACAACUUGUGAAAUCCCUUAUAAGGUGACCUGUGUGUUGAUUUCCCAGUAGUUUGGAUCUACUAGAAGCUCCUGCCAGCCUAAUGCCAUGAAUGUUGAAGCGGACAAUGUGGAAGAGAAAGCUGUCCAUUCCUGGUCAAGGAUCUCCUCUGCAGGACAGAAAGCCUUGGAAGAAGCUCUCCGGGUGUUUAACCCCAUGUCCAAGGACCUGUCCGACACGGAGACCCAGUUAGUAGCUUUCCUCCAAGGCCUUAAAGAAGAAGGCUACCAUCCCACAAUCCUAAGGAGCAAAGACGUGUAUGGAUACAGCUCCUGCACUGCCAAUGCACCUGGCCAAACAAAAGGCAACAUUCCAGACGUUUCAGAAACAGCUGUUCCUAUUUCAGAGUCUGCCAAGGCUCCAGCAAGGAACGUGGUAACCAUAGAAAAAGUAUCUGCCCCCUUGGCAGGUAUUACAGUGAGCUCUUCUAAAGAAUCCGCUGAGCCAAUGUCAAAGAGUGGUAACUCCACAAACCUCCUAUUGAACUCAUUGAAACGGACACGUUCGGGCACAUCCAAAGCCUCAGCGAUGAGCUUCCCGGCGAAUAUGUAUCCUGGCGUCUAUCCGGCCAUGAGGCUGUCAGUGGUGGUGGAAGCCUUAGUUCCACUGAAGGCCACUGCCUCUUGUCUGGAAUCAAAGUGCAAGCAAGGGCACCUGGAGAGAUCUCCUUCGGAUCUUAAGCGGCUCACAGCAUCCACUGCAUCUAUGCAGUCUUCAGCUGUGAAGGCCACCAAGAUACCCCCUAAUCAGUUGGACCCCAAAGGUUACAGGCAUUUAAUAAGAAAAGUGCCAGACUCUGCUGCUCUCACGAUGAGCCUUAUAAAAGGACCAAAGGGUGGGGUCCUUCAGGAAAGUUACGCUUGUAAAGCGUCUGGAAUCCUGAACGGCCGGAUUUCUGGGAGCAACUCCCAGAGCUGUAGCACGGGGGCCUCCAGAAUGAAGGAACCAUCAGUGGCCAAAACGGAAUGGAAAAGUGGUGGCAGCCAUCAGCAGGCAUCUGGGGAGAAAAGAAGAAGUGCGGAUGAAGGGAAAGAGUUACCGCGUAGAAAGGCGCCCAGUUCUUUCCCGCCACCUAAUAAACCAGAACUGGCUUCGAAAGCAUUCAACCUGCUGAAAUCCCAGGCCAUCAAAGUGGACAGCUCUUCCGAUGACGAACUGAGGAGGAGAGCACAACAGAUCCUUAAAGUUAACCUGUCCCCUGUGAUCAGAAUUCAGCCGUUGCCUCAAUCCCUCAGCAUCCCUUGAGGCGUUCGGUCGAGUUGGGAGCUCCAAGGCCACCCCAGUGAGGAGGAUGAAAUCAGCACUGAAUCUCCUCAGACUGGGUGAGGGAGGCACACACGCGUCUGUACUCCUCAGCUCCUGGCUGGCAAUUGUGGGGAAAUUCUGCAGAGCUGAGCAACAAUUGGAUUACAAAACCCGUGUUUAGAAAUACCAGAGGAGAUCUUUUAAGGCCCCGUUGAGAAGAAUGUUAUUAUAGACCAUCACUGGCCUUCCUCUGGGACACUUUUUCUACAGUACUUUUGUAAACAUGGCAGAGUGCACAUCUGGGAUAUGGUGGCACUUGGGCUGUUCCUGUACUGUGAUAUUUCUGGUUCCUUUUAUUUUGAAAUCUGUAAAUCUACUUGGUUUCAUUUUGAUCCUAUUUUAUAUACUUAUUAAAUAUAAAUAUCUAUUGACUCAUACAUAUGCAUUGCCCAAGGGCUGUCAGAAUGUGAUCCCUUAAUUCUUCGUUCUUUCCUUUUCAAGAACUGGGUUCAGACGUUUUCCCCUCCGUUUUUUCUCUCCCCGGUUACCCGCUGAAAAAAAACACAAAAGGCCUUUGCUUGCCUCUAGCGCCGCCCCUCUUUCCACUCAAACCUAGUGGCUUGCUGUCAUUUACUAGCCCUUGGUCCCGUUUAUUACCAUUAUUGCCACAUCUUAAGCUGGCCAGAGUGAAAAAGUACAUGACAACUGGAGGACUAUUCCAAGUCCACAGGGAGGGAGAGCUGGAGAAAUAUCCUUUCUCUUUUGGAAGA